AUAACUUUUGUUAGAAAACCAGAUUGCGAUGAGAUUUGCGUUUAUUCAGAGUGGUCGCAUGCGUCCCGUGCGGGUAUUCGGUCGUGAUAACUGAUUGUUGAGUUAUCAGUCACGGCCUUUGUACAUAACGUUGAGGCUCGUUUGUGGAUUGCAUGUUAGGAGUGCUGUUUACAGAGAUAUAUAUCUUUUACAUCCUGAAGUGGAAUUUAUGUAUGAUUUGGUAGUAAUGUGGUGCUGAUGCAUUGGUAGUGACAUCUGUUCGUUGACAUCUUAGCUUCAGCAACGUCCGGCCCAGAGGGCACGGCAGUUACGCAUCAUCUCAUUUACCUUGUCUGCGGCAAGAAAAAUAACGAACAACGAUGUCUGACAGCAUUAGUGAUUCCAGUGAGAUGGACGUCUCCGGAGUGAUGGUGGAGUGGGACGUCGCGACUGCCGCCACCAUCGCUCACUCGGGCACAUUAAUCGGCGGCCGCUGGGUGCUUUCCAUCGCGGACACGGAGCUGCUGGACGAGGUGGGCACGGCGGCGGUGUGGGUGGUGUCGGAGGACGGAGGGCGGGCGCGCGCGGACUUCCGGUGCUCGUGGGUCCUCCGGCCGCUGCCGCUGGGCGAGCUGCGGCUGCGGAGCUCCGGCGCGCCGGCGGACCCUGCGCUGGUGCUGCACCGCCUGCCGGCGGGCCCGGAGCCCGGGGGACGGCCGCCGCUGGCCGUGGCGGUGGCGCGGCCGGAGCGCGGCGCGCCGCUGCUGCUGGAGGCGACGCCGUUCGCGCACCCGCUGCUGCUGAACGCGUGGGCGCGUGGCAACGUCGCCGCCGUCGCGGGGCCCCUCUUCCUCGCCGACGCCGCCGCCGCCCCCGGCUGCCAGGGCGCGCCCGUUUUCCUCUGCAGAGAAGGCGAGCGGCGCCAGCUGCUGGGCCUGGUACUGGCGCCAACCGCGUACUGGCGAGGGCAGCCGUUCCAUUGCGCCGUGGCGCUGGCGCUCGCCGGCAUCCGCCUGGAAGCCGACGCCCUGCUGCCCUUCCACUUCGUGGUCAGCCCGCACCGCGGCCCCGUGGCGCUGCCGCGGACGGUGGAGGGCGUGGUGCGCGUGGCGAGCGGCGGCGGCUGGGGCGCCGGCGUCCACCUGGGCGGCGGGCUGGUGCUCACCUGCUCACACGUCGUCAGCAAGGUACUGCCUGCGCUACUCACUCUCACUCAUCCGCUAAGUUAA